AUGUCCAAUGACUCCAAGGAAUUCUAUAAAAUACUGGGAAUGUCACCUGGUUCAGAUAUGAGGGAUGUAAAGGCGGCCUACAGGAAGAAGCAGGCGCAAUUGCACCCUUCUGGUCCAAUCAGGAAGAAGAUGCGUGCCAGUGCCGAGUAUCAGGCGAUGAGUGAUGAUCAGAAGGCGGCUAGGGAGAAGGCACUUGAUGAGGAGAUCAGUAAAAUCAAUAUCGCAUACGGUGUCCUUGGCGACGAGGACAAGAAGGCGGACUAUGACGCAGGCAAAGGGGAGUACGGUGACUUUGGUGGAUUUGGAGGCGGCUUCCCUGGUGGAGGCGGAUUUGGUGGAUUUGAGGACAUUUUCAGUGCAUUCACAGGGGGAGGCAGGAGCCAGAGGAGGGAGCCAAAGGUGGAUGAUACGGUGACUCAGAUUCCGAUUACGAUGAAGGAGGCGUAUUUGGGGAAGACGAGCAAGUUCAAGAUCAACACAACGAGGGUGUGCAAUGGGUGUGACGGAAAGGGGGCAAAGAGUGUCCAGAAGUGCGCCAAAUGCGGUGGCCACGGCUUCUACGUGAUAAAAAGGAGCAUGGGCGCGAUGAUAGCGCAGCAGCAGGUCGUCUGUGAUGCGUGUGGCGGAGAGGGGUCUGUUGCGAAGGGGCCUGUUUGCUCAGAUUGCAGGGGCACCAAAGUGACCAAGUCACCGUACGUGAUUGAGGUGCCGAUCAAGGCGGGAAUAAGGGACAGGACGCCGAUUCGAAAGAAGAACGAGGGAAACCACGAGCCGGGAAAGAGGCCUGGCGACCUCGUUUUUGUGGUGACGGUGAAGCCGCUUGCGGGCUUCAGGCGCGUUGGUGACGACAUCGUCGCCCACGUCGAGGUCGACCUUCUCACGGUGCUCGCUGGUGGAUUCGUCCCGUUCGAGCACGUCGAUGGGCGCCACCUGAACAUCCGCAUUGGAUCCACGAGCGACCUGAAGAAGGGCGUCGUCCUCUACGGCGAGGGAUUCAAGUCCGAGUUUGGGAAGAAGGGCAACUUGUUCAUCGACCUUGAAAUUCUGAUACCAAAGCGAAUGAAUGCGGCGCAGCUGGCACAGGCGAUUCCGCCUCAGCUGGCGCAGACUGCGCAUCGGGACGCGGUGAAUGUGAGCGGAUCGUACGCAGCGGUGCCAGGGGAGCGGGCUGAGGAGCGAGCUGAGUGCAACCAGAGCUCAGAAUGCGAUGACGAAUUCAACGCGAGAUCGUUCUUCAGGGGUGGAUUCGGAUUCAUGUGA